AUGGUUACUGCUACUUCUCGUAAACCUACAAGCGCUAUGCAAAAAUUGAAUCGAAUUAGUCAAGGCGGAAGAAAGAAGAAAGCAGGAAAGAAGAGAUACCUUUGGGUAAUCAAACUAAGCCGUAUUCCUUUCGGAUUUUUUGAACGGGAACUUCUCGGGUACUUUCGUCAGUUCGGAACUGUAAUUCGUGUAAGAGUUGCCAGAAGUAAAAAGACUGGCAAUCAUAAAGGAUGGGCGUUUGUCGGAUUCGAUAACAAGGAAGUCGCUGAAAUCGCAGCUGAAUCAAUGAAUGGCUAUUUGAUGUUCCGACAACAGCUCGUUGUUAGGGUAUUGAAGCCGGAAGAGAUUCCGAAAUGUAUGCUAAAAGGAAGGGUUAUUCCAUUACGACCAUCUUUCCGCGGAAAUGCCAAGAAAGAUGCACUUGCUAGAAAUAUGGUCGACGGUAAAAAAGAUGAAAAGCUAAGAAAGGCUCGUUUUUGGAAUCUACAAAACAAUUUGAAUAAGCUCAAGAACAAGGGAAUUGAUUACGAUUUUUCAGUCAAUGGAAAAUCACCAAAAAGUAUCAAGACAGAAGAGAACAAUUCUGAUAUUCAAAUCAUUCAAACGAAUACUCCAAAACCUCAAACGAUGCCAGUGAAAACUACAAAAACUCAAAUCAUUCAAGAGAAAACCCCAAAAACUUCAAACAUUGAAACGAAAACUCCAAAAACUAAAAACAUUGAAAUCAAGACUCCCAAAACUCAUAUGAUUCAAGCGAAAACUCCAAAAACUUCAAACAUUGAAACGAAAACUCCAAAAACUAAAAACAUUGAAAUCAAAACUCCCAAAACUCAAAUCGUUGAAACGAAAACUCCAAAGAAGGUGAAGAUUGUCGAGUCGAAAUCGCCGAAGACUCCUAAAACUCCAAAAGAGGCUCGAGUGAUGGCUGUCCAAAAGACUCCAGCCUUUUCGCCAAAGACACGCGCUGCUAAAAGAGCGGCAGCAUCGGCGGCGAAUACGCCAGCUCCCGCCAAAUUGCUCACACCAGCUCCAAAAUCGACAAUCUCGCAGGCGAUUCAGAAGACUAUCGCCGCGUCAGCUCGUGCUACCGCCGUACCUAAGAAGAUCGCCGGUGGAAAGAAAAAGAAGAGCUUGUAG